UCAAUUCAACAAAAUUCGCAGAAACAGACACCCCCGAAGACCUGAGUCUUCAGUCUUCGUCUUCUCCCAGAAGCAGAAGAAGCGGAUUACAGAAGACGAAGAAACAAGAAGGCAAAAGCCAAAAGCCAAACGCGAUCUUACCCUUUGCUCCCGAGAAAAUGAAAUGCCAUAUGCUUUUCAAAACCGCGCUUUUUCUCAACGCCUUCUGCUUAUUGAGUUGCGUUUCUGGGGAAGCGCCGGUUUCUGAGAAGUCGAUUUUGCUCGAGAUCAAGAGCUCGUUUUCCGACCCGCAUGGGGUUCUCUCCGGCUGGAUAUCCAACAGCUUCGAUCACCACUGCUCUUGGGUCGGGGUCUCCUGCAACGACAAAUCCAGGGUCGUUUCGCUUAGUCUCGGCGGCAGCAGUGGCAAAGGAGGUAAUUUUCGAGCUCUCUCUUGCUCUCAGAGUUUGAAAUUUCCAUUUCCGUUUGAUGAGUUCGCUGUUUGGAGGAAAAGUUUAGUUAUUAGUGGAAAAUUGGGUGGAAAGGUUUCGCCUUGGGUGGGAAAGCUCACUGAGCUUAGAGUUUUAUCGCUGCCAUUUAAUGAACUUGGUGGCGAAAUUCCGAAGGAAAUUUGGGGGUUGGAGAAGCUUGAAGUGCUUGAUCUUGAGGGGAAUUUGUUGAACGGAAGUUUGCCAACCCAGUUUUCGGGUUUAAGGAUGUUGAGGGUUUUGAAUCUUGGGUUUAAUAGAAUUGGUGGGGAGAUUCCUAUUUCGCUUUCAAGAUGUGUGGAUUUGGAGGUGUUGAAUUUGGUAGGCAAUGAAGUGAGUGGAACCAUUCCUGGGUUUGUUGGUAGUUUUGCGAAGUUGCAGGGACUUUAUUUGGCUCAAAAUAGGUUAAAUGGGUCUAUACCAGCCACAUUUGGAAGCUUUUGUCAAAAUCUUGAACAUCUUGAUGUGUCGGGGAAUUUCCUUGAUGGGAAGAUUCCUGGUAGUUUGGGGAAUUGUCGGAGUUUACGGACUCUUUUGUUGUUUUCGAAUAUAUUGGCUGGUAGCAUUCCUCUAGAACUUGGUUGGAUUCGAAUGCUUGAAGUUCUAGAUGUUUCAAGAAAUAGCCUUAGCGGGCCAAUCCCUGCUGAGCUUGGACAAUGUGUCAAUUUAUCUGUUCUUGUCCUAUCGAAUCUUUUUAAUCCAUUGACAACCAAUCAGAAUACAAAAGGAGAUACAUCAAUUGUUUUAUCUAGUGGUUUGGACGAUGAUUACAAUUAUUACGAAGGCUCUUUUCCGGAGGAAAUUACAACCCUUCCAAAUUUGAAAAUAGUUUGGGCUCCAAGGGCAACACUUGAGGGAAAGCUUCCGAGCAAUUGGAGUGGUUGUGAGAACUUGGAAAUGUUGAACUUAGCUCAGAACCUUUUCAGCGGAGAAGUCACUGGAGUAUUUGAAAGAUGCAAGAAGCUGCAUUAUCUAAAUUUGGGAUCAAAUAAGCUGAGUGGGAAGAUUGAUGAGAAGUUUCCAGUUCCAUGUAUGACUGUUUUCAAUGUCAGUGGAAACUUCAUGUCUGGACCUGUGCCCGAGUUUCUGUACAGAGCAUGCCCCCAGGUGCUCCCAAAUUCAGAUCGUGUCCGAGUCAACAAUCUAUCAUUUCCAUAUCAAGUGCUCUUUACUUGCCAAACUCAGCUUGAUAGUCAUUUGCCUCUUUCCGGUGGUAGUUUCACUAUGAUUCAUGAUUUUAGUGGUAACAACUUCACUGGUCCAAUCCAACACCUCCCUCUUGCAACUGAGAGAUUGCAGAAGCAGACUGUUUAUGCAUUUCUUGCUGGUGGCAACAAGCUCACUGGAUCAUUUCCUGAAAGCUUACUAGGAAAAUGUGACGGAUUAGAUGGAAUGAUUAUUGAUGUCAGCGACAAUAAGUUGGCAGGUCGAAUUCCUUUUGGGAUUGGUGUGACGUGCAGAUCUCUUGUCUUUCUUGACUUGAGCAGGAACCAGCUACAAGGUCAAAUUCCCUCCGGUAUCAGUCUGUUGAAGUAUCUUAAGUAUCUUGCCCUGGCUAACAACAACCUCACUGGUGCGAUUCCUGCUAGCUUUGGGUGGUUGCACUCCCUUGAGGUGCUAAAACUGUCUUCAAAUUCUCUUUCUGGUGAUAUUCCUCAAGGUCUUGUGAACUUGAAAAAUUUAACUGUUUUUUUGCUCGACAACAAUAAACUCACUGGGCACAUCCCUUCAGGCUUGACUAAUCUGAAAUCCCUAUCUACAUUCAAUGCCUCCUUCAAUAACCUGUCUGGUUCAUUUCCAUUGAACAAUAGUGCGAUGAACUGCAGCAGUGUCCUUGGGAAUCCUUUCCUUAUUCCAUGCCAUGUUCCGCUAAUUGCUCCAUCUUCAGAUCAGCUAGAUAGGAAUGGGAGUUCACAACAUAACCCUGAUUCCGCAUCAGCAACUACUGGUGGUGAUGAUAACAGUGGAUUAGGCUCAGUCGAGAUCGCAUCCAUAGCAUCUGCAUCAGCUGUUGUUUUGGUUCUGCUCUCUCUCGUUAUCCUUUUCUUUUAUACGAGAAAAUGGAUACCAGAUUCCAGGGUUCAGGGUUUUGAAUAUAAAGAAAUGACUCUGUUUACAGACAUUGGGGCUCCUUUGACAUUUGAGAUUAUUGUUCAAGCAACAGGGAAUUUUAAUGGCAGCCACCACAUUGGAAGUGGAGGAUUUGGGGCCACUUACAAAGCCGAAAUUGCUCCAGGAAUCACUGUAGCUGUAAAAAGGCUAGCUGUUGGAAGGUUUCACGGUGUUCAACAGUUUCAUGCUGAGAUUAAAACCCUUGGCAGGGUGAGACACCCAAACCUGGUAACUUUAAUAGGUUACCAUGCCAGUGAAACUGAGAUGUUGCUCAUUUACAAUUAUUUACCAGGAGGGAAUUUGGAAAAAUUUAUCAAGGAGAGAUCUCAGAGGCCUUUUAAUUGGCAAAUUCUCCACAAGAUUGCUUUGCAUAUAGCCCAAGCACUUGCUUAUCUGCAUGGCGAGUGUAUUCCGCGUGUCCUUCACCGUGAUGUCAAGCCAAGUAACAUAUUGUUGGAUAAUGAGUUCAAUGCUUAUUUGUCUGACUUUGGAUUAUCUAGGCUUUUGGGAACUUCAGAAACACACGUAACAACUGGUGUGGCAGGGACUUUUGGGUACGUAGCACCAGAGUAUGCUAUGACUUGCCAUGUGUCUGAAAAGUCUGAUGUUUACAGUUACGGUGUUAUGCUGCUUGAAUUGAUGUCACAUAAAGAAGCAUUGGACCCUUCAUUUUCGUCACAUGGCCAUGGUUUCAACAUUGUGUCUUGGGUGGACAUGCUGUUAGAACAGGGUCUGGAUAAGGAGGUCUUCAUAGAAGGGUUAUGGGAUGCAGGACCCCAGAAUGAUCUAGUCGAGAUGUUGAAUCUGGCUGUCUCGUGCACAGUCAAGAACCUCGCCUUUAGGCCAACAAUGAAGCAAGUCGUCCAAAGAUUAAAGCGAAUCCAACCUAUUUCAAGGAAGCCGGAUAAUGAGCAAAGUAUAGAGCUAUCGAUCAUAACCUAGAAAUAUAGAAGGUAUGACAUGCUUGUAACUUAUACAUUUCUGCGUAGUCGAAUUUUGGUUUCCAGUUUGUUGUUUUUCCUGCAACAAGCAUAUUCUGCUGAGCUGAGAAAUUUUGUCAACCAUGCAGUUAUACUAGUAUAUGUCUUGAGUUCAUUUGCAAUUGAUCAUCUAUAAUCUUAACUGAAGGAUUGGUAGUA